UACUACAUAUUCAGAACAUUGUCAGUGGUCCUCUACUGAUGCUGAAGAACACCUGGAUGAAGGCAUUGCAGCUCGCCGUUUCGAUUAAAAAAAAACAACUAUUUAGCUAACAACUAUGAAUUACAACAUUCUGUCCAUAAUAUGGGCGAUAACAUUACCUGCGUGCAUGGCAAUCCACGGAUUAUACAAUUUCGGUCAACCCGAGUUAUUCUACAAAAAGAAUAACUGCAAACCCAUCCCGGCCAAUCUUCUCCUGUGCCAUGACAUCGAAUACACCGAGAUGCGCCUCCCGAACCUUCUCGGGCACGAGACAAUGAACGAGGUUUUGCAGCAAGCCUCUUCGUGGAUUCCACUGGUCCAGAAGCAGUGUCACCCCGACACGAGGAAGUUUCUUUGCUCUCUCUUUGCACCGGUCUGUCUGGACGAUAUGGACGAGCCUAUCCAGCCGUGCAGGUCGUUGUGUGAGAGCGUCAAACACGGUUGCGCACCGGUGAUGUCCGCGUUCGGGUUCCCGUGGCCAGAUAUGCUUGACUGCGAGCGCUUCCCGCCCGACAAUGACCUGUGUAUCCCUCCAGCGGGCAUCGAUCAUUUCAUGCCAGUCACCAAAGAAGUGCCCAGAGUGUGUGACGCCUGCAAGGAAAAUGAGGAAAACGACAAUGAAAUAGUUGACAACCUGUGCAAAAAUGACUUCGCCCUGAAGAUCAAGGUAAAGGAGAUCUCCUACAUGAACGGCGACACCAAGAUCGUGCCCGAGACCAAGAGCAAGACCAUCUACAAGCUGAGCGGCGUGACUGAGCGCGACCUGCGCAAGACGGUGCUCUGGCUCAAGGAUGGCCUGCAGUGCGUGUGCGACGAGAUGAACGACAUCAACGCCUCCUACCUGGUCAUGGGCCAGAAGAUGGAUGGCCACCUGGUGAUCACCUCGCUCAAGCGCUGGCAGCGGGGCCAGCGUGAGUUCAAGAGGAUCUCGCGCAGCAUCCGCAAGCUGCAGUGCUAAGGGAAGCAAGACUCUAUCUAAACUCUAAGAGCCGGAUCUGGUCUGAUCCGGAUGCAACUAGUUCUCAAUCAGUAUUGUUAAACGUCCUGUUCUUAGUACCAUGUUUAGCGCUGCCAUAGGCUACUUUUCAACAAUUUCAUGAUUUAUUAGGAUCUCAUUUGAGCCAUCAAUAGUCCUUAAGACAAAGCAAAUCACAUACACAUUACAGUAAAAUCAAAGACAAACAGGCCUUACUACACAUGUCAUGUUGUCUGCAUUUUUCAGUGUUUCUGAAAAGAUUGAAAAUCAUUUAGUUACCAGUCAUUUUUUCAUGAUUAAAUGCCGUCUGUUAGGCUACACUUAUCCAGACUUAAUGAUGAGGCUGGAUACAUUUUAGUGCAUAGGCUUAUCAUCAAGUGAGAGGAGAGUGUGUGGUUUCUGUGUGCAUGGUGUGAUAUUGUUCAGAUGUCUUCUUUAAGAUGAUGAUAGUGAGACAAAGGUAUGUAAUGAAAUGCAAUGUAAUGUGCUUUUUCUUUUUUUACAUAUUCUUUUUCUCAAGCAACGAGAGAUAGCUGGCUAUAUUCUCUGCCUUUUUAGAUACUACUUCCAAUGUACCCCUGGCAUUGGAAGUUCAACGGGCCAGAGCAAGGCCCAUAUCAUUGCAGUGACGACGAUCAAUUAUUUGACCCUCUGCAGUCAAUGGACGGUCAACUUUUUGUACAUGAGCCUCAAUGCUGCACUGUUCCUAUUUCCACCACAAUUAUUGAUUAUGAAAUAUGCUUCCGUUUCAAGCUUUGUCACGUAAGUUCCUUUGACAUGCCAUUUCUGUGUUUUCAAUUUUUUAAGACAUUUAUUCUCACUAUGACAGCGUGUCUUAGGUAUGUUAACUAAGUAUAUCAGGAUUGUAUAUUAGUGGUCGAUUGUGUUUUCAUUUCUUGGAGUGAAUGCAAAAAAAAAAUGCAGCUGUAGUGUGUGUGUGUGUGUGUGUGUGUGUGUGUAAAAUACUGCUUUAUAUAGUACUCUGUAAAUAUCAGAUAAACCUUGUAUUCUUGUACAUAGUUUUGGGAGACCGCAGAAGUCGAGACAAGUGUGAAUUCAGAUGGUGAUACGUUUUUAAAAAUUACAACACUAAACAUAUAUUUGUAUAAUAUUAAUCUGAGAAGUGUGAUUCUUAUAAAUGACCAGUUACUGCAUCUUUUGGUCCCUCUUUAAUUAAAGGAAACAAUUCAAGGAACCUUUUAAAAUACAAA